AUGGCAUACACACCUAGAGGAGGUGCUCGUGGCGGUGACCGCGGUGGACGAGGAAGUUUCGGCGGGGGAAGAGGUGGUGGUGAUCGAGGUGGUGGUGAUAGAGGUGGUCGCGGAGGCUUUGGUGGAGGCUUUGGAGGAAGAGGUGGUGGUAGAGGUGGUGGAGAUCGUGGAGGUGGUCGUGGCGGUGGAAGAGGAGCUCCCCGUGGAGGACGUGGUGCCCCAAGAGGAGGACGUGGAGGUGCUGGUGGAGCAAGAGGUGGUGCUAAGACCAUUGUCGAGCCCCAUCGUCAUCAAGGAAUCUUUGUCGCUCGUGGCAAGGAAGAUAUGUUGGUCACCAAGAACCUUAGCCCAGGUGAAUCAGUAUACGGCGAGAAGCGCAUCAGUGUCGAGAACGCCGGACCAGCCAACGAAGAUGGUACUCCAAGCACCACCAAAGUCGAAUACCGCGUGUGGAAUCCUUUCAGAAGUAAGAUUGCCGCAGGUGUCCUCGGUGGUAUGGACGAGAUUUUCAUCAAGCCUGGUGCCAAGGUCCUUUACCUCGGUGCCGCUUCUGGAACUUCCGUUUCCCACGUUGCCGAUAUCGUUGGACCUACCGGAACUGUUUUCGCAGUCGAAUUCUCCCAUAGAUCUGGCCGUGAUCUUAUCAACAUGGCUACCCACCGCACAAACGUCAUCCCAAUCAUUGAGGACGCUCGUCACCCACUUAAGUACAGAAUGUUGGUCUCUAUGGUCGAUGUUAUCUUUGCCGAUGUUGCACAACCUGAUCAAGCCCGUAUUGUUGGCUUGAACGCACAUUUGUUCUUGAAGGUUGGUGGUGGUAUCUUGGUUUCCAUCAAGGCGUCCUGUAUCGACAGUACCGCUGCACCAGAAGCCGUCUUCGCCAGAGAAGUCCAGAAGUUGAGAGAGGAAAGAAUUAAGCCUUUGGAACAAUUGACUCUAGAACCUUUCGAGAGAGAUCAUUGUAUGGUAUCUGGACGUUACGUUCGAUCCUUGUAA